AUUAUUUAUGUAAUCGACGCUCUGAUGAAAUAUUUUGCUGAGUAUUGUUGAAUUAGUAUUAAAAGACUCUUUUCCACUCGCGGGUUACAUUUUUUGUAGCAAAUCUUUUUCAUUUACUGUCUUGUGGUACACUUCCCAUAUCAACAAUUGUUUUGUAGUUGAGAAGAAUGUUUCAUCAAUUGAGAAAUAUUUAAUUGUAAAAUUAAAAUAUUGUAGAAUUGUUGACCUGCAUAGAUAUGGAGGGUUUUAGUUAAUAAUUGGUCAAUAAUGAGGAUUGAAUUUAUUAACAAUUGAACCGGAUGAUGUCCGAUUACAGAAUCCAUGUGCUCGUAGUACUAUGGUUUGUCGUUAAUUAAUUAAUUCUAAGUUACGUGGCGCUGAGAUGAUACUUCAAUGAGGCGUCAGCGGCGUACCAUCGUGCAUGCAUUAACUUCUUAAAGGCUAUGCCUAAUGUCGUUUAGUUGCCGCUAUUUUGAAGUAUUGUAUGACCUUCUGGAAAAAAGUAGAAAGUUGUAGCCAAUAAUUGUAAUACUAUACAACUGGAAGGACGGUUUUGUAGUUCUUAGUAAGUCGGAUAAGGUUUUGUUACACACGCUUCACCUUAGAUAGUUAUCUUCACUGAAUGUGAAUGAUGCCGCCGAAAUGGUACAAAAUGGUCCGCGGUGGCAGAGGUGGUAUGAUCAGAGGAGGACGCGGUGGAAUGGGUCGUGGAAUGGGAUUUCCAAGGAAGCAGUUCCUUCCUCGACUUCCAUUCGAUUAUACCUUGUGUGAAGCUGCUUUCCCGCGUGUUAAAACAGCACCAGACGAAUCAGACUUCCAAAUGGCACUACUAAAAAAGAAUUCUGACAUGUGUCCUACACCAAAGGAACAAACAUCUAUUUUAAAUCUUGUUACUAAGUUACAGAGUGUACUUGAUAAUUUAAUUGUUGCUCCUGGCAGCUUUGAAGCUUGUCAACUGGAAGAAGUAAGGCAAGUUGGCAGUUUCAAAAAGGGAACAAUGAUUAAAGGCCACAAUGUAGCUGACAUUGUAGUGAUUCUGAAGACAUUGCCCACUAAAACAGCAGUAGAGGCACUGGGUACAAAAGUAAACAAUGACCUGAAGGCUGUUAAUCCAAAGGAAAUGUUCAGACUUACCCAAACAGAGCGCGGUUUCGAUAUUGGUAACAAUGAAGCAACCGUGCGUGUAUUGAUCACUACAUUACACCAAAAUCUACGAAAAUUGGAGUCAGAUCAGCAUCUAGAUGUUAAAAUAUGCCAAGGCCAUCUUGCAGCGAUAAGACAUUCCCGUUGGUUCGAAGAAAAUGCACACCAUUCCAGUAUAAAAGUUUUAAUCAGAUUACUCAGAGAUCUAAGAAGUAGAUUCGAGGGUCUAGAGCCAUUAUCACCUUGGAUGUUAGACUUACUGGCGCAUAAUGCAAUUAUGAACAAUCCUAGCAGACAAGCACUGCCGAUAAAUCAAGCAUACAAGAGAGUACUUCAGUUACUUGCUUCUGGACUGUUUCUUCCAGGAUCUGCUGGUAUCUCCGAUCCAUGCGAAGGUGGUAACAUUCGCGUGCACACAGCCAUGACAUUGGAGCAACAAGACUUGGUGUGUCUCACCGCUCAAACGUUGUUGCGUGUACUGGCUCACGGCGGCUACAGACCCUUACUCGAGGGCACUAACAAACUCGCCGUAGAAAUGAGUGUGUGGGCGGGUGGUGUAGUCGCCAGUCCUCUGGACAAGGCGUACGAGCCGCCCACAGAACAAGAACAGCAGGAAGAUAUGGACGAAAGUAACGAAGAAAUGAUAACAGAGAGUGCUUAACUUAUAAUUUAAUAUAUAGUUGUAUUAAUAUCAUGAACAGCCCUGUUGCAACAGAGACAAGUAUUUCGCACUAUUUUCUACGACGACAAUUUAUUCAUAAACUCUUUCUUAUCCAAUACAAAAGAUAAUGUAUUU